UCUCUUCAGUGCAACCGUCGAUUGCGGUGCGCUGUUCAGUGUCUGUUUUGAUUCGUGAAUUCUUCGUGCGUUGUUGAGCCACAGGAACCGCAGCCUUUCUCAAAAUGGCGACCGCUAAUGGUGAUUCUAAAAUGCAACAGGGACCCGCCUUUGACUCCAAUGCCAUGACGCUGACGCGUUUUGUGCUUCAGGAGCAGCGUAAGUUUAAGAAUGCCACGGGCGAUCUGUCCCAGCUCCUGAAUUGCAUACAGACGGCCAUCAAGGCGACUGCCUCGGCUGUGCGGAAGGCUGGCAUUGCCAAGUUGCAUGGCAUUGCGGGGGAUGUGAAUGUGCAGGGCGAGGAGGUGAAGAAACUGGACGUGCUGUCCAAUGAGCUGUUCAUCAAUAUGCUGAAAUCCUCCUACACCACCUGCCUGAUGGUAUCCGAGGAGAAUGAGAAUGUAAUUGAAGUGGAAACGGAGCGUCAGGGCAAAUACAUUGUCUGCUUUGAUCCGUUGGAUGGCUCCUCGAACAUUGACUGCCUCGUCUCCAUAGGCUCAAUUUUUGCCAUUUAUCGCAAGGUGAGCGAGGGCGCUCCCACCGUGCAGGACGCACUGCAGCCGGGCAACCAAUUGGUUUCCGCCGGCUAUGCCCUAUACGGCUCAGCAACUGCCAUUGUCUUAGGCUUGGGCUCGGGGGUAAAUGGUUUCACCUACGAUCCAGCGAUUGGUGAAUUCAUACUGACUGACCCAAAUAUGCGGGUUCCUGAGAAGGGCAAAAUUUAUUCGAUCAACGAGGGUUAUGCUGCCGACUGGGAAGAGGGCGUCUUCAACUAUAUUGCUGCCAAGAAGGAUCCUGCGAAGGGCAAGCCCUAUGGCGCACGUUAUGUGGGCUCCAUGGUCGCCGAUGUGCAUCGUACGAUCAAGUAUGGCGGAAUCUUCAUCUAUCCCGCGACCAAGUCGGCGCCCAACGGCAAGCUUCGUCUGCUUUACGAAUGUAAUCCUAUGGCUUUUCUGAUUGUGCUGGCCGGUGGUUUGGCAAGCAACGGAAAGAUCAACAUAUUAGACAUUGUGCCACAGAAAAUACACGAACGCAGUCCCAUUGUAUUGGGAUCUAAGUCAGAUGUGGAGGAAGCGCUGUCCUACAUAUCGAAAUGAGAAGUGUACAAUUUUUUCUGUAAGCCUUUUUAAUGACAACAAUAAAAACUUAAUCUCAAAAACUUAAGAAUAGAAAGAGCUA